AUGACCCACUCACACUCCCACGAUCACUCCCACGCCGGCCACACCCACGACCACGACCACGGCCACACCCACGAGAUCCUCACCUCCCCCGGCAGCUACCUCUCCCGCGAACCCCCUCUCACCAACCGCCCCUGGGGUCCCCGGUCCUUCACGAUCGGCAUCGGCGGGCCCGUCGGCUCAGGCAAGACCGCCCUCAUGCACGCUUUAUGUCUCGCCCUUCGCAAAACACACUCGCUCGCCGCGGUCACCAACGACAUUUUCACACGGGAAGACGCUGAGUUUCUGGUGAAGAACAAGGCGCUUCCAGCGGAGCGAAUCGUGGCGAUCGAGACGGGGGGGUGUCCGCACGCGGCGGUGCGGGAGGACAUCAGCGCGAACUUGGCGGCGCUGGAGGAUCUGCAGGCGCGGUUUGACACGGACUUGUUGCUGAUUGAGUCCGGGGGGGAUAAUCUGGCAGCGAAUUAUUCGAGGGAGUUGGCGGAUUAUAUCAUUUACGUGAUUGACGUGAGCGGGGGAGACAAGAUUCCGAGGAAGGGCGGGCCGGGGAUCACGCAGAGCGAUUUGCUGGUUGUGAAUAAGACGGAUCUCGCGGAGGCGGUGGGCGCGGAUCUGGAGGUGAUGGAACGUGACGCGAGGAAGAUGCGGGAGGGCGGGCCGACUGUAUUUGCGCAGGUGAAGAAAGGGGUUGGAGUUGAGCACAUUGUGAAGCUGAUUUUGAGCGCGUGGAAGGCAAGUGGUGCGGAGGAGGAUAGACGGGCGAAGGGGGGGCCGAGGCCGACGGAGGGGUGGGAGGCUUUGGAGAAGGAGUAG